AUGCGCCCGCGGGCGGCACGGCAGAACCGGAGCGAGCGCAGAGGCGGCGAUGACGGGGCUCCCAACCAGAAAGGACUUAAAGAACCAAACGUCUGUUUGUCAGAACGGCUUAGCGGGCAGGAGGCGCUUCCUUCACUGCCGUACCCCAACCCCACAGCGCCGUGCCGAGCCGCAGGGCCGCGCUGGCACCCGGGAAACGUUCCCUCCCAAGGGCCAGAGGUGUUCAAUAUCGUCAUCAGUGUCACCAGUACCACCACCAGUACCACCAGUACCACCAGUACCACCAGUACCACCAGCGCCACCUCCACGCGUCUCUCGGGCUCCCUCUGGCGGCGCCUCGCCCCGCUCUGGGGCGUCUCGGGAGCUCCGGGUCCUGCGUGGCACCGCCGCAAGCCGGCCGAGAACGCGCCGCGCCUGCUGUCGUGCCCGCACCGCUCGUGCGGGGCCUGCCUGCGGCAGUACCUGCGGAUCGAGAUCACCGAGUCCCGCGUCAACAUCUGCUGCCCCGAGUGCAGCGAGCGCCUCAACCCCGCCGACAUCCGCCGGCUGCUCCGCGACUCCCCGCACCUCGUGGCCAAAUACGAGGAGUUCAUGCUGCGCCGCUGCCUCGCUGCGGACCCCGACUGCCGCUGGUGCCCGGCGCCCGACUGCGGCUAUGCUGUUAUUGCCUACGGCUGCGCCAGCUGCCCCAAGCUGACCUGCGAGCGGGACGGCUGCCAGACGGAGUUCUGCUACCACUGCAAGCAGAUAUGGCACCCCAACCAGACGUGCGACAUGGCCCGGCAGCAGCGCGCCCAGGCGCUCCGUGUGCGCACCAAGCACACGUCAGGGCUCAGCUACGGGCAGGAGUCUGGGCCAGCAGACGACAUCAAGCCGUGCCCGCGCUGCAGUGCGUACAUCAUCAAGAUGAACGACGGGAGCUGCAACCACAUGACGUGUGCGGUGUGCGGCUGUGAGUUCUGCUGGCUGUGCAUGAAGGAGAUCUCCGACCUGCACUACCUCAGCCCUUCUGGCUGUACAUUUUGGGGCAAAAAGCCAUGGAGUCGCAAGAAGAAGAUUCUCUGGCAGCUGGGCACGCUGAUCGGCGCUCCUGUGGGCAUUUCUCUCAUUGCUGGCAUUGCCAUUCCUGCUAUGGUCAUUGGCAUCCCUGUCUAUGUCGGGAGAAAGAUCCACAGCAGGUAUGAGGGGAAGAAAACCUCCAAGCACAAGAGGAAUUUGGCCAUUACUGGAGGGGUCACCUUGUCUGUCAUCGCCUCUCCGGUCAUCGCUGCUGUCAGUGUUGGUAUCGGGGUGCCCAUCAUGCUGGCUUAUGUCUACGGCGUUGUGCCCAUCUCGCUGUGCCGCGGGGGGGGCUGCGGGGUCAGCACUGCCAACGGGAAGGGCGUGAAGAUCGAGUUUGAUGAGGACGACGGACCGAUCACAGUGGCCGAUGCCUGGCGAGCCCUGAAGAACCCCAGCAUUGGCGAAAGCAGCAUCGAGGGGCUGACCAGCGUGCUGAGCACCAGUGGGAGCCCCACGGAUGGGCUCAGCGUGAUGCAGAGCAACUACAGUGAGACUGCCAGCUUUGCAGCGCUGUCGGGCGGCACGCUGAGCGGCGGUGUGCUCUCAGGAGGCAAGGGGAAAUACAGCAGGCUGGAGGUGCAGGCGGACGUCCAAAAAGAGAUUUUCCCCAAGGACUCUGUCAGCCUGGGGGCCAUCAGCGACAACGCCAGCACGCGGGCCAUGGCUGGUUCCAUCAUCAGCUCCUACAACCCGCAGGACAGGGAGUGCAAUAACAUGGAGAUCCAGGUGGACAUCGAGGCCAAACCGAGCCACUACCAGCUGGCCAGCGGCAGCAGCACGGAGGACUCGCUGCACGUCCACACCCAAAUGGCAGAGAAUGAGGAAGAGGAGGAGGAAGAGGGAGAGGAGGAGGAGGAAGAGGAGGACGGUGAGCAGGAGCAGACGUGCAAACACCAAAGCUGUGAGCAAAAGGACUGCGUUGCCAGCAAAACCUGGGACAUCACCCUGGCACAGCCUGAGAGCAUACGGAGCGACCUGGAGAGCUCGGACAGCCAGUCGGACGACGUGCCCGACCUCACCUCGGACGACUGCGGCUCCCCCCGCUCCCACAGCGCGGCCCCCUGCCCGCAGACCCCCAGCGCCAGAGGUGCUGAGAGCCCAAGUGCCCACCUGAGCCACUGUGCCCAUGCCGAGGGCCGCAGGCUGGACGAGAUGGUCACGCUGGAGUGCAUCGAAGCCCGGGUGUGAGGUGCCCUCCUGCCCAAAAGCGCUGCUGUCAUUGCAUCCAGCCGGGGCAGGGCUGUGUCUGUGGCUUCUCCUUGCAGCCCCCGCCUCGCCUCGGGGAGCUGCUGUUUCUUACGUGACAAAA